AUGGUGGUCCCAUGGCGCUUCCGCGCCCAAGCCCGCUGCCUCUGGCUUCUGAUUACUACCGCUGCCUGGCUCGUCCUCGCCCAAACAGUGCCAUCGCCGCCUGCCAGCGUCCAGCUGGUUGUACAAAGUGAAGAAACGGUGCUCGUGGCCUUUCAGCCGCCUGUCACCGAUGGCGGCUCUGGCAUCUCUGCCUAUGCGGUCGACUGGGACCCGAAUCCUGGUGUUCAAGCGGUGCAAACCAUCACGACGUCCACGUUCACGGGCCCCAACCAAGUGGAAACGAUCACGACCUCUGCCCAAGACAUCGAUGCUGUGCAGGUCGUCACGACCACCGCCACGCUUGUGCAGGAAGUCCAGGUCAUUACGACGUCGGCGGCGCCAGGGCAGACGCUCGGUGGCGGCUUUACGCUCCAGCUUGACACAACGAGCUCGGGUGGAUCGAUCCAACUGUCGGGUGUCAUUGGCUACACGGCGGGAGCCACCGGCGACCGAUCGUGCGUGAAGGAGAUCCUCGGCGCCAUGGCCAACAUCGGCGCCGCCGGCAUCACGGCCGUGACGCGGUCGGCUGCCGACGCGCAAGGUGGCUACUCAUGGUCUGUCACGUUUGCUGCGGCCAUGGGCAACGUGCCGCAGCUGUCGGUCGCAAGCUCGGCACUCAUUGGUGCCGGCGCCGACGUCAAGGUGACAACUCCGACACCGGGCAAUGUCAUCGCCGACGGGUACUUUACACUGACGUUUGGCGGCAGUGCGACCGCCAACAUUGCGUACAACGCCGCCGCCGCAGACGUUCAAACCGCACUGCAGGCGCUUCCGACGGUCGGCACUGUGAGCGUCACGCGGUCCGGGCCCGACAACCAGCUAGGCUAUGCGUGGUCGAUCACGUUCCUCUCCAACAUGAACGCCGGUGAUCUUCCGACGAUGACGACAGCGUCCCGAUUCUCGGCUAUCGGCGCCGUCUCGACCGUGGUCACGACCGUACGGGGCAACCAGCUCGGUGGUACCUUUGUGUUGCUCUACAAUGGAUCGCCGACUGUGGCGCUGCCGGCGGCCGCCACGGUAACCCAAAUGCAGACGGCGCUGCAAGCCGUCGCCACGGGCUCGCUCCAAGUCACUCGAAGCGGCCCCGACUAUCAAGGCGGCUACACGUGGACAGUCUCGUUCUUGAGUCUUGCGGGCGCGCUCCCCGCGUUCACGUACCAAGCGACGGGGCUCACGGAGACGCGUAGCGAUGGCCAGUCGUCGAAAGCGAUCAACGUUGUCAUUACGCGUCCAGGCACAGUGCAGGCCAUUCAGAGUCUGGCGUCGUCGACAACCGGUGCCAACGUUGCGACCAACACCAUGUUUCAGCUCCAAUUUGUCUACAACGGCGCGACGACGACGACGGGGCCGAUCCCAGCUAACCCCAUGGGCGACGGCACGUGCUUGCCGACGCUCACCGAGGUGCAGCAAAUCACGACAUCGACGGUCGACACGACGGCGGUGGGCGGCGACAACGUGGUGUCCCCGCUCACUUCGUUUCAGCUCGCGUUUACGUCGAACGCUGGUGUCACGUCGCUCACGAAUCCAAUCUUUGCCAACGCCAAGAAUGGCGACUGCGCAGGUGGUGCAACGUCAAUCACGUCGGAGCUACAACGACUCACGGGCGCCCCGAUUGUCGUGUCGUCUGUCGCGCAGCUUGCGACACAGGCGUGUCAAUGGCAAGUGACCUUUACCAACAUGCCGGGCAACUUGGCGCCGCUCGCAGUUGUCGUCAACGGUCAGGCGCCACUCAGCAGCGCCACGCUUGGUGACGAUACGGUGGCCGUGACGACGGUUCGCGACGGCACGAUUCAAAUCAUUCAAACAGAGCUCCAGAAGCUCGCCAACAUUGGCAGCGUCACAGUGACCGCGACGGCUGGUGCGAAACAGACCUGCACGUGGCAGAUCACGUUCAACACCAACGCGGGCAAUCUUCCACUCCUCAAUGUCGGGACGUCCGGAGCGUACGGGGCGACAGCGACCGCGGGCACCGACACGCUCACGGUUGCAUCGGUGCAACUCGGCACGUCGAGCGUGCUCGCCGGGUCGUUCUCGCUGCAAUUCAAGGGUCAAUCAACAGGGUACCUGCCCUUCAACAUUGACGCGCCGGGCAUGAAGAAUGCGCUUGAGCUUCUCUCAACGAUCCACGGCGUCAACGUCGUCCGGUCGAACAUGGACCCGAACCAAGGAUACACGUGGACAAUCUCGUUCUUAUACGACCUCGGGAACCUCCCGAUGAUCACGGCCGACUUUGCAUCGUUGACGGGAACGGUGCCAACCGUCACGGUCGCGCAGGCGGUGCAAGGCAUAGCACCGCCGUUCAACUCGAAAGACGUGGCCAAUGGGGUUCCGUUCGGGUCGGUUUUCCUCACCGAUUUGAGUCAGCUGUCGGUGGCCGUGUCGCAGUUGGACACGAAUAUUCCGUACUACUUUCGUGUCAGCGCCAUCAACGCAGUGGGCACCAGCGCACCGGCGAUGGCGUUCCCGACAUUUGCAAUCCCGUCUGCACAGCCGCCGCAGUCUCCGCAAAACGUCUCGGUCGCGAUUAUUGACCAGCAGACGCUACAAAUGACGCUGUACCCGCCGCUGAGCGACGGCGGCGCUCCCAUCGAUGCGUACCAAGUUGACUGGGACACGGCCCAGAUUGUCGAUGAAGUGCAAGCCGUCACGUUGAACGUCCCCGUCGUGAAUGCAGUGCAAACCAUUACGACGUCUGCAACGGUGGUGAACGAAGUGCAGCUCGUGCGUCUUGCAAGCACAUACGCAGCCCCGGCCGCCGUCGAAGUCCAACGGGUCAACUGCGACGCAAGCGGCGGUAGCUUUACGCUGACGUUCAUGGGACUGACGACGGCGCCGAUCGCUGCGUCCGAGACAUCAACGGCUAACAUCAAGGCGACGCUGCAGGAGCUCACGACCGUUACUCUUGUGUCGGUAGCCUUUGUCGGUGGCCAAACGACAGCCUGUGCGCCGUGUCCGAUCACGGGCUGCACUGGCGGCUUCACCGUCACGUUCACCACAGUUCAAAAUGCCGCCGGGAAUUUGCCUUCGAUGACAGGCAAUACCUUCGCGCUCACUGGCAACCGACGCAUUGACGUUGUCGAAGUCGUGCAGGGCCAGGCCGUGCCGGGUGGGUCGUUCAAGCUCCUGUAUUUGCGAGGCAUGCAGUCCACGACAGUGCAGUUGCCCGCGACCGCGACCGCUGCAGCCGUCCAAAGCGCCGUCCAGGCAUUGGACUCGGGGCUCACUAUCACGGUCACAGAUGGGUCGGCAGCUUUGCCAGCGGGCAGCACGGCGCGUGGCGAGCUUCUUUGGCGCGUGACGUUUCAAGGCAGUGGAAGUGUUCCAGCGCUGCAAUGGGCUGACAAGAUGCUUACCGGCAACGGUGCCAGUAUCGUCGUCUACACCAACGGAGCGACGAUCGGGUCGGUGCCGCCGUCCGUCGGUGGAAAUCAGCUGGGUGGCACGUUCACUCUCAGCUUUAUGGGCCAUGUCACGACUUGGAUCCCAUUUGACGCGUCGGAUACGACGUUACAAGCAAGUGUGACGGCGCUGCCCAACAUUGGCACGGUCAACGUUGUCCGGAGUGGCCCGACACUGCAGAAUGGCUACGUGUGGUCCGUCACAUUCACGUCCAACCCGGGCAGCUUUCCGUACGGGGCCGGUGCGAUGCCGCUCUUUGUUGCAAGCACCACGGCGCUCACGGGGGCGGGAGCGCAAGCCGUGAUCGCAACCAGCACGGUGGGAUCGUCGCCGGUUCGCGGCACCUUCAAUCUCUGCUACCUUGGGCUUUGCACGAUCAACAUGAGCCCGUACGUGACGGCACUCGAGCUGCAGACAGCACUUCAGAACGUCGCGUCCAUUGGCCGCGUUGCUGUCACACGGACGCAAACUCCAACGGGGUUUACGUGGCUCGUCUCGUUCAACGGGUGCCGACUCCUUCCCGAUCUCGUUACGUCUGUCUGCAACACAGGCAACCUCGUGCCGCUCGUGCCGCAGUUUGCCGGUACGCUCUAUGGAGGCGUCACGAACAAUGCCGCCGUCACUGUCGCCGAAGUUGUGGCUGGUCGUGGCCCUGCAAGCUCGCGCGUAAGCACCAACUUGUCGGGUGGCCCACCGUACCAAAUGUUGCUUUCGGGGCUCACGACAGGCACGCCGUACUAUACAAGAGUGUCGUUUCACAACAGCGUGAGCCAGGGCUAUCGAGCGUACCCGACACCACCACAAAUGACACCGCAAAGCACGCAGCCGGGCGCACCCGAGCCCAUCCAACUGGUCUCGUCGACGGCCACAACGAUGACGGUCCAGUGGGCGCUACCAACGAUGAACGGUGGAUCCCCCGUCACGGGCUAUGAACUCUGGCUCUCGGAUUGGCAGGGCAGCAACCGACGGGUGUACGACGGCCGAAACAGUCUCACGACGCAGUAUACGCUCUCGACGGCCACCGACAACUUGAUCGAGUCGGGGCACCAGUACACGUUGAUCGUGCGUGCGAUUACGUAUUGCCAGCCGACGGACGCCACCGUGGCUUGUUUUGGCCCGUUCAGCUCCCCGGCUUCGUACAUCGUGCGCAACCCGGUCGUACCGAUCGCUCCGGUCGCCCCGACGCUGGACUCGCGCACGACUGUCAACACGGCGGCGGCCAACGACGGGAUCAUUUACAUCAACUGGCGCCCGCCGACCGACAACGGCGGGUCGCCCAUCACCGACUACCAAGUGUACAUGGACGCGGGCACCAACAACUUUGUGCUCCAGACGCUGCAAAACACGUUUCCGUACGGCUUCAGCAUGUUUGUGCCGGCGCUAACCGAAGGCAACACGUACCGCUUUGCGGUGCGCGCGGUGAACGCCAUCGGAGCGUCGGCAAUGAGUCCGGCGCUGACCGUCGUCAUGGCCAACACGCCGGUGGCACCUGCUGCGCCCGUCAUCCUCGACGUCGCGUCGUCGUACAUUAGUCUCUCGUGGUCACCGCCGGCGCAGUGCACGUCCAACUCGACGUCGUGCAACGGGUCGCCGCUCACGGGGUACCUCUUGUGGCAAUUUAGCGGUGUCAAUUCGGCGCUUUUGUCGUCGCCGACACCGGUCGUCAACGAGAUCCAGCAGAUUGCGAUUACGGUGCCGACGCCGGCGAUCGAAGUCCAAUCGUUUACUAUCGCGGGGGCAACGGGAUCGUUUCAGCUCUACAUCAACAGCAAGUACACGGCGCUCUUGCCCUACAACGUCGGGAACACCGUGCUCCAGACCGAGAUCCAAGGUACCGGUAUUGGGUCUGUCGUUGUCACGCAGACCACGGUGACGGGGGGGAUCACGUGGACCGUGUCGUACACCGGUGCAUCUGGCCCCGUGACGCUGCUGACGCUCAACCCAAAGCAGCUCGUCAACGCGAAUGCCAACACGCCGUACACAUACUCGGCAACUCGGGUGACGCCUGGCACGACGGUUGCUGGCGGCGACUUUACUGUGCGCUUCAACGGGUACGCAACGCCGAACCUACCGUACAACAUUGGCGCCGCCGAAAUGACGCGGCAACUGCAAAAUCUACCGAGCAUCUCGCACGUCAACGUAGUGCUGACAACGGGGGCGAACGGCGCGAGCGCGUGGACCGUCACGUUCUUGACGGAGCUCGGGAAUUUGCCAGCCAUGACUGUCACAACCGGGCGCCUCACCGGUGGCGCGACGUCAGCCCUGGUCACGACGCUCCAAGACGGUACACCGGGGCAGAUCAUUUACGACGGGUCGCAAGCGCCGAGCAACACAAGUUUUGUGGCGCGGAAUCUGCAGAUGGACACGUCGUAUGCCUUCCAGGUGGUGGCACUCAACGCCGCCGGCAAGUCGAUUGCAAGUCUGUCGACAGCGUCGAUCGAUGCACGCGGCGGGGCGAGUGCGCUCACGACGACUGCCAUGGGUUCGGCGCUUUCGCAAGGUAUCGCUGGUGUGGUUUACGAGGUGCAGACUGUCACAACUGCAAGCUUGGCGGCCGGCACGUUUACACUUACGCUGGGCACGCAAACACCAACGGGCAAUAUCGAUGUCGCGACAACAGCGUAUGCUCUCACCCAACUGCUCACGGUACCGUCCGUCGGUGUCGGCGCCGUGCACGUGACCAAGCAAAACCUUGUGGGCUCCGCCGACGUCGUGUGGUUCAUCACAUUUCGGAGUCUCCUCGGCAACGUUCCGUCGCUUGUGAGCUCCAACCCCAAGGCGAUCGUAGCCGAGUACAUUCGCGGUGUCGCCAACCACUUUGCGAUCCUUCCAAGAAAGGCGUCCGGACAAGUUGUCACUGACAUUGACGCGGCCAACGGGUUUGCGGGCACCGACACGUUUUUCACCGAGCUUUGGUCCAGUCCGUCGUCGGUGCUCGAUGGGACGCACGCGUGGGUCAACGACGGUGGCGUCGCCACGUACAACCCGAGUAUCCUCGAAGUGCAAAGUAUCACGAUUACGGCGACGACGGGGCUCUUCAGUGUCGCAUUGGACACGUCGUCGGCGCGGCUCGGUGGUGUUGCCGCAACAUCGACGGUGACGCUCAAUGCUGCAACGCUGGCCGCGGCCACGGAUGUCAACGCUGCAUUUGCACUCAAAGGGUGUGUCGAAGGACUGGCCAAUGUCGCCACCGUCGUCGUCUCUCGUGUCGCAAACAGCGCAGCGUCGUGGACGUAUAGCGUCACCUUUGUCGCAAACCUCGGGCCACUGCCGUUGCUACGUCUCUCGAGCUCGGACGUGGCGUUUACAGGAGCCCAGGGCGCAACCAUGGUGUUUACUGAAGUCGUCCAAGGGCGCGCUGAAGUUCAAACAAUCACAGCGUCCGGCGACGUAGCAUUUGUCUCGGAAGUACAAAGUCUUACCACGUGGCUGGACGCAACGGGCGCCGUGAAAACGAUUGGCGGUACUUUUAACGUCGCGUUCAUGGGGUCGCCGAGCGUGGCCGUUUCCGUCGCGGCGUCGGCGGCUGACAUGACAACUGCGCUUCAGUCGCUCACCAACCUCGGCACCGUCACCGUUACGUCGGCGUCGGCGGACGCCAACGGCUCGUCAGGAUUGAAAACGUGGUUCAUCACGUUUACGAGUCUUGUCGGCAACGUGCAGGCGCUGCAAGUGACGUCGAUGGCGCUUACCGGCACGAGUGCAAAUGUGUACGUCAACGAAGUCGUUCGUGGCACGUCGCCUCUCACUGGGUCGUUUGUCGUCAACUUUGGCGGCGCGACCACACCAAAUAUUCCGUACGCGGCGUCGGCCAGCGCCAUGAAAACAGCGCUCGAGACGAUGGCGACGAUUCACGAGGUCGAUGUCCAAGUCGCCAACGUCGGCACCGGGUUUCGGUGGACGAUCUCGUUUACGAAAAACCUCGGGAGCCUCCCACUCCUGCAAGCACUCCCGAUUCAGUACCAGAUCCAGCGCGUCCAAACGCUCGGCGGCGUGCCAACCCCGCUCCACGGCAACUUUACACUCACGUUCAACGGCCAAACAACGUCGUUGAUCGCGUUUGACGCUACAGGUGCAGCGUUGCAGGCCGCUCUGCAGGCGUUGCCGUCCGUGGGCCUCGUCGACGUUACGCGCAGCAACCUCUUGACACCGGGCGGUCAGUACUCGUGGGACGUCACGUUCCGGACGGAGCUCGGUGAGAACCCGCUUUUGGUGGCCGACUCUUCGCCGCUUCUGGGCAGUUUUGCCUCGGUCUCGGUGCUCAAGAUGCAAGCGGGCUCGACGCAGGCACUGACUGGCAACAAUCCCAAACUUCUCGUCGAGAAGAAGACGGCCGGACGCCCGAGCUACACGGGCAUGUACACACCAGCGACGCCAUCGACCUACUCCCUCGCGGUCCUUCAGCUGCUUCGCGGAGGUUUGCAGUCAUGGUACUAUGACAACUAUUGGCUCCAAGACAACCCCGUCGCCGUCAAAAUCGAUUCGAACGUGCAGUUUGCGUGGGGUUACACACCCAUCACACCGUACGGCCAAGACUAUGUCAGUGUUCGCUGGUGGGGCAAGCUUCUUCCGCCAGCCACGGAUGUGUACCUGUUCAACGUCCAAGCGUCCCACGGCGUUCGUCUCUGGCUCAACCAUUCGCUCGUGCUCGACACGUGGGCGCUCGAGUCGACACCGACGUCGGCGACGGUGCCAUUCACGCUGUUAGCCAAUGUCUUUUGCGAUGUGCGACUCGAGUACCACAAGGCGACAGGAAGCGCGUACAUCAAUCUGCAGUGGAGCAGUACGUACCUUCCGCUGCAAGUCAUCGAUCCGAGCGUGCUGUACUACCCCAGUCACAUCCUCGGCAGCCCAUAUACGGUCAACAUUUUACCGGGCGCGACCGACUACCCGUACACGACAGCGACUGGGUCGGGUCUGAGCGCAACGUCGGCGGGCACGAUCGCGUCGUUUGUCAUCCAAGCAAAGGACCAAAUGGGCAACAACAAAACUGUGGGCGGCGACGUCUUUGACGUGGCGUUGCUUGGGACCAGCAGCACUCUCGCGCCGACGGCGCCGCCCACGUACCUCGGCAGCGGUCAGUACCAAGUGCAGUACAAGACGCUGCUUAGCGGCUCGUACCAGCUCUCGAUUGCUAUUGGCGGUACUGACAUCUACUGCGGCCUCGGGUACGCCAACAAGUGCAGUCCGUUCACUGUUCUCGUGGCGCCGGGAAAGACCGUGCCGUACACAUCGACAGCGACGGGGUUUAGCCCACCGCGCAUGGACAGUUUGAGUGAAAUGGUGGCGGGCCAAGCGUCCAACUUCACCAUCCAGGCCAAGGACACGUACGGCAACCUCCAGUCCAUCGGCGGCGACGCCUUUGACACGAAAGCAAUUCUCGUGGCAGACACAACGGUGCGCUACCGGAGCAGCGUGCUCUCGUACCUCAGCGGCGGCAAGUACAGCGUUCAAAUGAGUAUUCCGCGCGCGGGGGCGUACACGCUCCAGACGUCCUUUCAAGGGUCCCCGAUCCUCAUGUGUCCUGGCGGCAGUUGCAACGCGAUCGGUAUUCCGUCGUCGCUCGUCGUCGUCCACAACGUACUGCAUCCCCCGAGUUCGUAUGCCCGCGACGUGGGCACCAAUGGACUGAGCAUCGCCACGUCGGCGAUACCGACAGGCUUCUCCAUCUACGCCAUGGACGCAUUUGGCAACUUGCGCGUCGGUGCAACAACGGCGCACUCGGGUAGCACUGGCGACGGUAUCUCGGACGCCUUCUUGGUCACCAUGACCCCGACGGACCCUACGUUGCCCGACGCAGAGACGAUCGUGACCUCGUCUGCUGUGCAACGCAUCACCGCCAGCAGCACGCAAGCUGGGUCGUUCAAGCUCACGUACGGGUCGUUCUCAACGAGUCUCUGCACUGGCUGCGCUACAACGCUAGCAGGCACGACGCUCACUGUGACGACCAAUCUCGUCGGUCUCCUGGGCGUCGGCACGCUCGUUACAGUCGGAAGCUGUGUCUUGACACCCACGGCGGUUGCCGCCGGUAGUAUCACAGUCGCUGGUAACCACGGUUGCGCAGCGUUUUCGGGCGCUACGAGCAGCAUAUUUGUGGCACUCGCGACGCCACGCCUCACAGCGUUACUGCCGUCGACCAUCAGCGCUAUUGGUAUGAAGACGGCACUGGAGCUUUUGAGCCCCGGCAACAAGGUGUCGGUGACGUUGACGACAAACGGAAGCGGCAACAACGUUUGGAGCAUUACGUUUCUGUCGGAACUGGCAUCGUGGUCCACGGCCAAGCUUGCCGUCCAGUACCCUGCGGUAGCAAGCAGCUUGUACCAGAAUCCGCUGGCUGUCUCGACGCUGGCAAGUGCGGGUGUCUACCCGGUGAGCUACACGAUGACGGUUGCGGGUGUUUACUCGAUGACCAUCCUCGCCAACGGCGUCCCAAUCAUGGGCAGUCCCUUCUUACUUACCGUGUCCAACGCCGUCGUUGACGGCACAACGUCCGUCGCCGCUGGAGGGAAUUGGUACGCCCGUCCGCUUCCGGCGUCGGCAACCUCGAUCGUCCCCAUUGAGACACUGCCCAGUGUCGCGGGUACGCCGUUUACGUUCCAAAUCCAAGCCAAAGAUGCUCGUCGACAAGAAGUCCAAGCGAUUCGACUGCAAGCCGUCGUCGUUGCCAACGUUCCUGCAGUACAGCAAGUAUCCGUGACGACGACGCCGUUCACGCUCUCGUUUCGGGGCUCAUCGACCGUGUCGGUAACCGCAGGCACCACGUGGAGUGCUCUUGCAUCGAGUCUCGGGGCCUUGGCUACGAUCGGUGUCGGUGGUGUCACGAUCACCUCGGCGGCUGGAGCUUCCGUGGCCAACGGACAAGCCUUCCAAGUGACGUUUACCAGCGUUCCCGGUCCGGUGCCGUACUUGGUGGCGGGUGCAGGCGCCGUUGUGAGCCAACUCACGCAAGGCGUAACGUCAAUGCGCCCCGAGAUCCAAACGCUUACGUGUACGGCAGCCAACCUUGCCACGGCGGGGGCCUUUACGGUCGGCUUUGGCGCGGCGACAACCACUGUGAGUGCUAGCAGCACCUUGGCGGCGUUUCAAACGGCCUUGUCGACACUCGUGGGAUCGGCGAUGACCGUGACGAGCGAAAGUAGCAGUGUCACGACCGUGUGCGCAACGACGGCCAACCGCGUCUUCGUCCAGUUCACCCAAGCCGUUGGAUACCAACCGGCGCUCUUGUACGCACCCGUGGGCGGCGCGACGAUGACCCUCACCAGUGAAAAGGACACCGGCGGUGGUGUCAGCGGCAUCUCACCCGUGUGGGGGACGUUCACGCUCUCGAUGGCGGGCGAAGUGACGCCGCCGCUUGCGUUCAACGCCGGUGCGAGCGUAGUGCAAAGCGCUUUGAAUACGUUUCAAAGCAUUGACGGCGCAAUCGUUUCCAUGGAUACACUCGACGUGUCGCUCGAAGGCGGCAACACGAUCCCGCAGAUCUUGUACGUUUGGAGUGUGACGUUUACGGCCAACGUCGGCCGAGUUCCGUCGCUUCAAGCCGACAGUUCCAACCUGGUCGUGUCGGACGCGGGGCAGUGGAAGCCGUAUGUAGACGUCGUCAAAGUGGUCGCUGGCACGUCGGGUAACAACCGCACGGGGCUCUCCGAUCUCAGCGCGAUUGCCAUCUCGGCAACGCAGACCUACGUCGAUCCCGGCAUCCAAGAAGUGCAAAGUCUCCACUGCACCGGCACGAGCUCAUUCACACUGACGUUUGGCGGCACGACGAUCACCGUCGGCGCCAGCACGAGCCUCGCGGCGUUUGGUACACAGCUCAGCGCCCUCGUGACGGGCGGCGUGUUGUUGACACCCAUGUCACCAACGGCGACGGUGUGUCACCCGUUCAACGGAAUCGAGAUCCGCGUCACUUUUCUCGUGCCGCAGCCUACUGCACUGCUCGUCUGGGGUACCUCGACCAAUAUGAUUUCCAUCCGACGGCAACGCACGGGCGUUGCAAGCACGUCAAUGGCGGUGGCGAUAAGCAACUAUGCGCAGCAGACACUCACGUGUACGGGUGCCAGCACAUCCUUUGAUCUCGUCUACGGAUCCAGCACGAUAACAGUGCCGACGUCGACCACGCCCGCCGGUCUGGCGACGCUUCUGAGCGCGAUGCCCGACAUUGCGGCACUUGGAGGUGUCACUGUGACGGGGCCGCAAGCUACCGUAUGUGUCGCAACGUCGCCGGCACCGAUCGUCGUCACGUUUAAUGCGAUCGGGAUGGCCAGUGUCCUGCAAGUCGUCAACGUUCGAUCGGGCGUCACCUCGGUGGUCGUCGUCGAAACUGUGCGCGGACUGGCGUCGCUUGUCGGUGUCGCCAACGGUCUCUACACAGCAACAUUCUUCCCGACGCGCAAAGGCACCUACGCGCUGAGUGUUUCGAUCGGCGGUGGUACGAGCUUGAGCCCAGCCAACAUCAAUGUGGUCACCGGCCCUGCCAAUGGCCCGUACUGUACGCACAAUGCGCGCGCGGCGGCAACGCAAGGAGUACGGGAGGUCAUCGUCGUGCAGAGCCGUGAUGCGUACCUAAACACGCUCGAGUGGAGCGUGCCGCUGUCGACACAGAGCUACGUGGCAUCGCUUGUUAGCGCGUCGGCAGCCAUCUCUGUUGCCGUCGUCGAGCCGACGCCCAACACCGACGGCACGUACCAGUUGUCGUACGUGCCCCAAGUCGCAGGCGACUAUGUGCUGAGCAUUCAGUACCGACAACUUGGAGGGCUUCGCGCCACGUACUUUCGAGACAGCCGCUUCUUGCAGGCACAGCUCAACCCGUGCCCGAUGACGCGGCUCUCCAACUCAAACCUGUCGCCGUGCGACAUGACACGGCUCGACGCGACGAUCGCCUUCAUUUGGGGCGAGACACAGCCAACCGGAAUGGGCAAUCCGAGUUUUCCGGGCAAGAACUUUAGUGUUGUCUGGGUUGGCGAGCUUACACCACCGACGACCGACACGUACACGAUCAAUGUCCUUGUGCAAGGCAACGUGACGUUGUCGCUGAAUGGCUCUGUCGUGCUCAAGGCCACUUCGCCGGCGAGUGGCAACUUCACAACAUCCGUGCUUUUGACCAAAGGCACGUUUUCGAGUGUGCAGAUCAUGUACAGCGCGGGGGCCACAUCGCAGUUGAUGGUCGCAUGGGCGUCGUCGACGCAGCCGCUUGCCGUGGUCCCGUCGUCGGCAUGGGCGUACCAACGUCACAUCGAUGCAAGCCCGCUGAAUGUCGUCGUGUAUCCCGGUGCCAUCGACACAAGCUCGAGCUCUGCUACGUAUGUUGCCAACUCGGUCGUCAAAGCGCUUGCCCCCGUGACGUUCGACAUUGUCACGUUCGACAGCGCUGGGAACCCACGCCUCAACACCGGCAACGACAACCUGCAGGUAACGCUGGUUGGUAUCUCAGGGUGGGCUGGCGUCGGGCGUAUCAAUGAAGUCACUGCCAACGUACCAGUACAGCUGACGCCGUCGCUUCUUUGCCCGGCUUGUGUCACCACACUGGCUGCUAACGUCCUCACGGUCAACCAAGACGUGCUAGCCCAGCUCUUGCCAGGCAUGCGCUUCCGUGUCAUUGGUGCCAACCCUGGCACAACCACACCCACUUUGGCAACCGACUGUUUCUUUACAGUGCAGUCAACAUCUGCGUUUAGCCUCGGGUCUGCUACCGUCACGGUGGUGCCCAACCACGGCUGCAGUGCGUUUGCGACGGGCGCAUUUGGCCUAUCGUCACUCGUGCCCCAAACGUGGCGGUAUCUCGGGACAGCCUCGGUGCAGCACGGCGCGAUGGUCUUGACAGCGACAUCGGCCGACUUUCGAAAUGUGCCCAGUGACAUGCCGUUGCAGCGCGGGGACACGAUUGUCGUUGGGCGCGAGAUCCACACAGUGGAUACGAUCUUUGGCACAUUUGGUGCAACGACGGUGCCGCUGGCCAAAGCGUACAACGGUUUGGACGGAGAGUUGGUGCCCGUCUACAAGGCGGGGGCGAGUACCGGCACGUACCGUGUGAAUUUUGUACCGCUCGUCAAGGGCAACUACACACUGGAUGCCUUUGUGCCGCCGGUCAGCGAAGUGCAAACCGUGACGACGGCGUCGACAAGUACUUUGGGUGGGACGUUUACGCUCAUGUUUUCCGGUUUGGCCAGUGGCGUUCUGACAAAUGCGACGACGACACCGAUCCCGUACAACGCCGACGCAGCGACAUUGACAACAGCGCUACAAUCGUGUAGCAAUAUCCCCGUCGGUAGUGUCACUGUGUCGCCCGCCGUCUGCACCAGCGGGAAUGCGGCACUUGGGUGUACGUGGACGAUUACGUUUACGCGGUCGCCCACUGAAGGCCAGCUGCAGCUGCUUACGCCGGCGUUUGCCUCGACGCUAACGGGCAAUGCCGCCUCGGUGGCUAUCGCCCGACUGCGCGCCGGUGCGCCAAUGCAACGCGUGCGGGGUUUUCCGACAACACUCAGCGUGCAACCGGGGCCGACCAACCCCGCCGUCACGACAGCGUUGGGCCCGGGCCUCAUCCAAGGCACGGCAGGCGUACCUAGCUUCUUCUCCAUCCAAGCCAAAGACACGCAUGGCAACAACAAGGAAGACUUGGAUCGGCUCGAGUACUUUCAAGUCGACGUCUUCCCUGCGGGUGUGAGGUACGCCGACUCGGCCCACGUCUCGGGCACGGUGGUCUACGCCGGCAGCGGCCUGUACAACGUGACAUACACACCGCUGAUGUCUGGCACGUCGACACUCGCCGUGGCCAUGUCGGUGCUCCCUGAAGUACAAACGCUCGCCGUCAGCUUCCCGACUGCGAUCAACCGCGGCGGCUCGUACACAUUGUCUUCCGCGACGGCGACAACGGUGUCGUUGGCGUGGGACGCCACAGGCGCCCAGGUGCAAGUGGCUCUCAACGCGGUUCUCGGCGCCAACGUCAAUGUGACGACGACGGCAAGCAACAAUGGUUUCCUGCACACAAUCACCUUUACAGAGUUUGUUGGCGACCAAGUGCAGCUGCUGGUGACAUCCGACUUGCUGGUGGGCACGGCCACGAUGGCGACGCUGCAGCAAGGUACUAUGGCGCACAUCAAGACGUCCACCAAUAUGGGGCAGCCGAUGGUCAACGAGGUCCAAGUUGUCCGUGUCGACGGCGGUACCGGUGUUGUCACCGGUGGCGCCUUUACACUGACGUGGAACGGACUCACAACGCCGCCACUUGCAUACAACGCCCCCGCCAGCGCGGUGCAGACAGCCUUGAAUGGUCUCCUUGUGGAUGCUACUGUUCAAGUCGUCGUGACGUCGUCGGUCGCCAACCCGCAGGGCACCGAAUGGCUUGUUACAUUUAUGGCCAGCCUUCCCGGCUCGGCGCAGACAACGUACUGGUCGUCCGCACGCUAUGCCACCCAGCAGUACCUCGUCUCGACGCGCAUGCUGGGCGACAUGGCGGCGCUCGCUGCAACCGUCACGACGCCGUUCACAGGAGGCACCCCAGCGUCCGUCGGUGUCUACGCAGCGACAUUGGCAUCGCCCAAUGGCAACAGCCCCGUUCAAGGCACGAGUCCCUUCGCGCCGCAGAUUGUGCCGGGUGCCUUGGUCGCCGCUCAAACAACUGCCACCAGCAGCGCCGUGCCGUUUUGGCCGGGCACGCUCAACACUGCGGGCUUGAACGGUCUCGUGACGGGGGCGUAUAGCACACCGUCAACGUUUUUCAUUCAGCCGCGCGAUGUGUAUGGCAAUUUGAUAACGCAGCGCAACCCGAUGCGCGAAGUCCAAAUCGUCGAGACGAUGAUUCAGAGCGGGAAUGGACUCGGGUCGCUCCAGGGCACGUUCACACUGACGUUCCAAGGUGCGACAACGACGGCACUGGCGUGGAAAGCGGGUAUCGCAACGGUUCAAGCGGCCCUGAAUGCUCUUCCCACCAUCGGUUUGGUCCAAGUCAGCACGACGAGUGCGACGACGUUCUUGCGCACCGUGUCGGCCACGUAUCUUUCGCAGACGAUCACAACGUCGGUCUCCUUGGUCGGCACUGUUAAUGCUGGCGACUGGGUGCGCCUGCAGAGUACGUCGGGUCCCGUGUACACGGUUGACCAAGUCACAACAACGACUCUGCUCUUGUCGUCGCCGUACUCUGGCCCCACAAGCGGAACCACCAACUUGUACGUGCACUCGCUCAUGGGGUACACAUAUGUCGUCACGUUCGACUCGAACCUCGGUGACGUACCUUCGAUCGCAGCUGACAGUAGCGCGCUCAGUACCUCGAACGGUAUUGGCACGGCGUCUGUCGUCGUGACGGCAUGUACUACCAACUACACGCAACAGCUGCACACAACGGCAUCGUCGCCGAUCGGGGGCACGUUUUUCAUCUCGUUUCAUGGAGCACGGACGCCGGACCUUUUGUUUUCAAUUUCGUCGGCUGCACUCACGUCGGCGCUGCAGCAGUUGCCUGACAUUUACGCUGUCCAAGUCACUUCGCCCGUGGCGGGGGCCAACAACGGCUUCACGUGGACCAUUACGCUGCUUGCGAUUGACGGCAACCUCGAUCUCCUGUACGCCGAAGGCCAGCUGCUCACUGGUGCACAGGUCUCCAUCUCGGUCGCGCCUACGUGCCCUUCGUCGGUGCAAGGUGCGACACCCAGUCAAUAUGGUCAACAGGGCGAGUAUUUUGUGCCCCGGCUUCGCGGUGGGGCCACCGUCACGGGCUAUGCCUCGUAUGCGGCGCCGGGGCAGUACCUGGCCACGUACACGACGCCACGCACUGGGACGUACAAUUUGGAUGUCAUACACGCGUUCCCGAACGGUCUUGUGGGCUCGUACUUCAACAACCGGUGGCUCCUCGGCGACCCGGUGCUCGAGCGCAUUGAUGCUGACGUCAACUUUUAUUGGGACACGUUCAUUACGCCGACGGGCCAAGAUUAUGUGAGCGUGCGCUGGGCAGGCUAUCUCCAACCAGCCUUCUCGGAGCCGUACACAUUCAGCGUUCAAGUCGACGACGGUGCGCGGCUGUGGGUCAACCACGUCUUGGUGCUCGAUGCCUACGACAUUGACGUGAGCUCGACGACUACGUACGUUUCCAACACGACAGCACUUGUGGCCGGGCGGCUCUACGAUAUUGUGCUCGAGUACCGAGAAAACACGGGAACCGCGGCGUGCAUCUUGUCGUGGUCGAGUCCGUCCCAAGAUUGGAGCGUCGUGCCUUCCGAGCGCCUCUUUUACCCGGACGCACCGAUCAAGGCAAGCCCGUUCGCAGUUGCUCCGUAUGGCAUUCUUCCCACACCACCGCUGUCGCCCGUGCUAAGCAUUGCAGGCGCGCAGUCCUUACUUGUCACGUUCUCACCACCUGCCAAUGACGGUGGUGCUGUCGUUGAUCGGUACCUCGUCGAGUGGUGGCCUCCAUCGCCGGCAGGCGUUUUGGCGCAACAGACGCUCAAGCUAGCACUCGCCGUCACUGGCGGCUCGUUUACACUCAGCAACGGCGCUGGGACCACGGGCCCACUUGCGUGGAACGCACUGUACUCGGACGUAGCGGCGGCGCUUGAAGCUCUCCCUGGCGCUGGCCACGUUGCCGUCUCGUACACAGUGACGGGCCAAGCGUACACGUAUACGAUCACGUUUGUGACGCAAUUCGGCGUCGUGGCCCCGCUCGUGGUCGACGGAACGUUGCUUCUCGGGUCGACCGCCGCCGUCAUUUGUGCCGGUGCGACGACGACUGUCACGGGAACCCCUGCCGGUGUCGUAGCUCUCACUUGCGCCAUUGCUGACAGCGUUGUUGGGACCAUGCCUGUGCCACUUUCAAGCACGGGUGUGUCGCUGGUCGUGGCACCCUUCGCUCCCUACACGUACACGAUAACUGGGCUCGUGCAAGCAGCGGGCGUCACGGCACCGGCCUUUCCGGGUGACGGUGGUGCCACCGGUGGUUUCAACGUUCGUGUUUCGGCUCACACGAGCGCUGGGUAUGGUUUGCCGUCGGUGGUGACGACGCUCAAGCCAAUGGCCGUACCGAGCGCCCCGACCUCUGUGGUUUUGAACCUUGUUGCUGGCUCCAGCUCGAGCCUGCGCGUCUUUUGGGGGCCGCCCGCUGCGGUCAACGGCGCGAUCGUGACGUCGUAUCUCGUCGAAUGGGAUGUAGCGGCCAACUUUAGCGUCCAGAAUAUGUCGUUCACGCAAACCCCAGCCUCAUUCCUCACAGAGUACCCGUCGUCGACGAUGUUCAAGCACACGAUCUCGUCCUUGACGCCCGGCACGUUGUACUAUGUCCGAGUGCGCGCCAUCAAUGUCAUGGGGCCCAGCGUUCCCGUGGGCGCACCACUUUCCGCAAUUCCGAUGACCAAAGCGGACGCCAUUCCCAUCGCGAGUGGGGUCACACUGAGCGCCGUCAUGGCCGAUGGUUUCCACAGCGUUCAAGACGCAUGCUCGUCGCUCGAGCUUGCUUGGCUGCCGUCGCCCAACGCCGAAGGUAGCGACGUGACCAAGUAUCUUCUCGAGUGGUACCAAGCCGCGUCGCCUGGUAUUCCAGAGGUUCAGAUGAUCAGCAUCUUCGACUCCAACAGUGUGGCCGUCACAGGCUCGUUCCAGAUCACGUACGACCAAGCGACAACGGACUUUUUGCCCGUCUCGGCCAGCGCAGCGGCCAUGGCGGCAAGCUUGAGCAGCUUGAAGAGCCUUCGGUCGAUCCAAGUCGUCCGGUCCCCGAGCACGAGCGGUGGGUACGCGUGGACGAUCACGUUUCUGAGCGAGUACCCGCGCGGGAAGGUGCUGUCGAUCCCGCUCACGCACGAUUUGCAGUCGCCCAACCUCGUGAUUGACAUUGGCGCCAACUUGAACCCGGCGCACGUCGGUGCGACGUCAAUCAACGUCGACGUCAUUCAAAACUCAGUGGUCGUGACUUCCGUGGGCAUCCAGACAUCGGCGUCGAUCGGGCAAGGCAUUUCGAUUGCUGGGACUGUCUACCUCGUCGCAAGCGUCCAAACCAACCAGGUAACGCUCACGGUGCCGUACACUGGCGCCACGGCGACGGGACUGGCAGCUGUCAUUGGCUACACGACACCUGGCAUGCCACCGCAGAGUCUCCAGAGCAUUGAGGUCAGCGCGGCAGGCCUUGCACCGCCUCCGUUCAACUACCUCUUGACCAACUUGGUGCCGGGGACUUCGUAUGUUGCGCAAGUCUCGGUCUACAACGGCCAGGGGUACGGCGUUCCGACGGCGUCGACGGCCGCGUACCCGCCGCAACAAGCCCCCGAUGCUCCUCUAAACGUUCGUGUGGCACCGGUUGCAGCCUCAACGCUCGUCGUGUACUGGAACCAGCCCGCGAGCAGCGGCGGCAACGCCAUUACCAAGUACCGCAUCGAGUGGGACACGUCGCCGAUGUUCACCAGUGGCGUCGACGGCGGUGCGCUCGGCUACGACAUGUCGUCGGUCGUGCUGCCAGGCGUCGAUUGCCUCCUCAGUCCGUGUCAAAUGGGCAUUGGGAACCUUGUCAAAGGCACACCCUACUACGUCCGAGUGUACGCUUACAACGCGUACGGGUACUCGGACAACGCCGGCGUGCCGAUGCCAGCAGCGACGGUGCCCAUGUCGUUUCCAUCGCCGCCGACACGAAUCACGCUCGGUGGCGGCGCCAACAACUCGAUCGUUGUCAACUUUAGCACACUACACGACAACGGUGGGGCGCUCGUGACAGCGUAUAAAGUCGAGUGGGAUUGCAUGAGCCAAGAAGCGGUCGACGCCACGCCGGGGCUGGCGACCUCCAGCUUGCUCUACAUGACGCGCGCCGUCCAGAGCAUCAUCGUAUCGGCGUCGGCGUUCAAUUUGAACGGGCAAUUUCGCCUCGCGUUUGCCAACCACGUCACGCCGUGGCUCGCGUACAGUGUGUCAGCCAACGAUCUCCAAGCAGCGCUGCAGGCACUCGAUUCGAUUGGCGUCGUCGCUGUGUCUCGAAGUACCGUCGGCAACGGCUUCCAGUGGCUCGUGACGUUCCUUACAAACCGAGAAAACGCGCUGCGCAACGGGGACAUUCCGCUGCUGUUGGGCUCGAUUGACGCGUCCGACACGAACGUCAACUUUGCGGCGUCAAAAACCGCGAUUGCCACGUCGCUCCUCACGGGCACGAACGCGCAGCUCACAAUCACAACGUCGAUCUCGGCCUACAAUGGCUACGACCAGCAGACGCUCGUGCUCUCGACCAAUGCGGGUACACUGCAGGGCUCGUUUACGCUGACGUUCAACAGCCAAACGACUGUCGCGCUACCUGUCGACGCCAGUGCCACGGCGGUUCAAAGUGCACUGCUUGGUCUUGGCAACACGGGCGAUCUGUGGGUCUCGCGGUAUGCGGGUGGUCUCGGCUACGCUUGGGUAGUCGUGUUUUCAACGCAAUUGGGCAGUCAGCCGCUGCUGUCGCCAAGUACGAACGCGCUCUCGAGCACCAUCCCGACGGCAACGAUUUCGUUCCAAGUGCUCCCCAAGCCAGGCACGUUGCCCACGAUGAGCAGUGCUCUCUACGGCUCCGCGGUUGUGCCCAUUGUGCAAGGGCAGUCGGUCGUCUCGUACGCGAUUGCCAACGUUCGCCGGGGGGCGUCGUACUUUGUGCGCGUCUCAGCUUGGAAUGGAUUUCAAAAUACGUUUGGGGCCACCAUGUAUGCAACACCACCGGCGCUCGCCGUGGCGUCGACGCCCGAUGCACCAACAAACAUCGUCGUCGAACCAGCGUCCAGCACCUCCCUGCUGGUGUCGUGGACACCGCCGCUAAACACGGGUGGCAUCCCCAUCUCGUCGUACAUUGUGGAUGUCGAUACGACACCUGGGAUGCCCGAGGUCCAACGCAUCGUUCUUUCUGGCACCAGCGCUCUUGCUGGGACGUUCUCACUGUCGUUCAAGAGCUACAGUACAUCGGCUCUAUCGUCUAACAGUACAGCCAGUUUGGUCGCGGACGCGCUCAACGCUCUCCCGACGGUGCAAGGUGCGGUUGUAACUAGAGCUCCAAGCAAUGGCUUUGGGAAUACGUGGACCGUGACAUUCAACGGCACCUCUGGCAAUCUUCCACUGCUGCUGGCGUCGGCGACUGGACUACAAGGCGCUAACGUUGCAUUGACCGUGACCGAAGUUACUCCGGGGUCGUUUGCUCCAUUUUCGACGAAAUCUACCACGCUGGUUGGACCUGUUCCCGAGAUCCAGUCGGUCGUCGCGUACGCUGGCAACGCCGACCUUGGCGGCUACUUCAAUUUGGUCUUUUGCGGCCAAACGACCGUCAACAUUCCAGUCACAGCGUCCAGCAGCGUGGUGGCCCAGGCACUGCAAGGGUUGACGUCCAUUUCUACGGUCUCGGUGACGUCCGAGACGGUCGUAUCGGAUGCAACGACGUCGCGACCCCAGUAUGGUACCAAGUGGCUCGUGACCUUUAGCGCGUCCGACGGCAACGUACCUCUCUUGCUUGUGGCGACGACACUAGGUCUCGUGCCUCGGUCCCUUGCGUGUGGCGGCUCGCUAUCGGGCACUUCGCCUUGUGUCGCAACGCAGCAAGUUGUCGCUGGCGGACUUCCGUCGUCGGUGGCGCUACCGGGCAUGGUUGGCAGCCAUGCGUACUUUGUGCGGCUUCAGACCGUGACAGCGUUUGGCACAAGCACACCUUUUGUGUAUCCAUUUGCAGUCGCACCGCAGCUUGUGCCGCCGUCGCCGGUGCCUCGAGCCGUCGCAUCGAUUCUCUCCGACACCCAAAUCAGCGUCUCUUGGACAGCCCCGCUCGACGCCUCAGUUGUCAACUACAAAGUGCAAUGGGACACGACAGUCUCGUUUGGCAUGAGCAGCCCAACCUCUGGGUCGGCUUCCGUGCCGGCGGUGGCUGGUCAACGAAAAUACGUGUACGUCAUCUCAGGCGUCGUAGCGUCAAGCCAAUACUACGUUCGCGUUUUGGCGACCAACGCUGCCGGGUUCAGUGCGCCGACGUCGGCCGUGCCAAGGUAUGUCAACGAUCGGGUCACGCGGCUCGUUGUUUCCAACACCAACAUCAAUGCGAUUUUGGCGACCCCGCAGACGUUUACACUCAGCUUUGCGAAUUUUCCGACGGCCCUCUCGGUGGCCGUGCCGUUUAACGCCGGUGCGAGCCAGAUUCAAACCGCGCUGCAAGCUCUCGUGCCAGUGGGCACCGUCUUUGUCACGCGAAGCGAUCACUCGAGUGGCCCCACGGGCGUGACGCUGGAUACGUCUGGCAUCAACACGGCGGCGUUUCGCGUCGAAUGGUUCAUCACGUUUGCAUCGUCGUCGAUCAGCAACGUUGCACCAAGUGCGCUCGGGGCACUUACCGUCGCCGUGUCGGCGGGGACGCUGGCCAACUCGGAUUUCACAGCAACCGACGUCAUUCCAGGGGUGUACCCGCUGCCCAUGUGGAUCCAGCCGUCGCUGCGGCGCUCCGACCUUCCUCGCCAAGUGACGGCAACUGUCGUGUCGAGCACGUCGCUCGGUGUACAGUGGCAGCCGCCGCAGUACGUCGUUGGCGUCAAUAAGUACUUGGUCGAGUGGGAUACAACGUACCAGUUUCUCAACUGCGUCCAGUCGGGGUCGUCGUUUGGCACGGUGCAUGGCACGGUUGCUGUCGUCGCGGCUCCGACCACGAACUACCAAAUCAUUGGGCUAACAACGGACACGACCUACUACGUCCGUGUCUCGGCGUACAACGGACAGCUUGCGGCGUCCAACAAAGGCUACAGCGGCGCUGUCGUUGCUGCGGGCGUGCCUGUCGUUCCGACGGUUCAGAUUCCGUACCUGCCGCAGAGCGUGGCCGUGUACGUGAGCCCCGUGAAUAUUGCGAGCCAACUCAGUGUCGUGUUCAUGGAGCCUACGGUGAACGCGCUCGGAUUCCUUGAGGGUGACGGCGGCGCCGUCAUCGCCGAGUACCAAGUAGACGUUGCCAACAACGUCCAGUUCAAUAGCCCGACACGGUACCCCAUGAGCAUGUACAAAGGUGAUGGGUCUGUUCAGUCGUGCGCCUUGACACCGUGCUCGUAUCCUCUCGGCGCCGAAGUCCAGACGAUAUCGAUUUCGGCCACCAGCGGCUCGUACCAACUCGUCUAUGACGCGGACUACUCGACGCUUCUCUGCGCUGCGUGCACGAUUACCAUCACGGGCACCCAAAUCACGUACAAUGGCCCGGACCUGCGACCGAAACUUGGUGCCAAUGUGAAAUUCGUGGUUGAUAAGCUCGGGGCCGCGUGCGCGUUUGUCGUUGCAGCAACGGCAACGCCGACGGCCAACGUGGUCAACGUUGUUGCUGGCGCCACGUGCAGCCUCACGACAGGCACUUACAGUCUGCACGCCAAACCAACGACAAGCUGCAUCACUGCAACGGCUACCGCGACGGCGCUCGGGGCGGCCAUUAUGACGCUCGCUAACAUCGACGUGGUCACUGUAUCAAGUCAGCCGGGGGCCGCUGUAGGCACCACACAGCUCCGCGUCACGUUCACCGGGCCGCUGGUUGCUGGCAACGUGCCGCAACUGCUACCGGUGGCAUACGACGGGUCGGGAGGCUGCACGGUCUUGGCCGGUGGCAACGUAUGGACGUCAACGUUGAUCGAUGGUGGGUUCUUGACAUCUGGCGCGCCCUAUUACGUGCGAGUCGCGGCUACCAACUCAGCAGGGACAAGCCCGGCGCAAGUGGCAGCCCCGACGCUGUGCCCUGGUGGUUGUCCUACCGAUGGAAGCAUUUAUUCGGGGAGCAAGCCACCGCCACCGACAAGUGUCCUUGUCUUUGCAAAUGCUGCCGAUCGUACGGCACUGCGACUUACAUGGGGUCCACCUAGCACCACGAACGGCGCACCGAUUUUGUCGUACAUGAUCGAGUUCUCGACGACUGCCUUUGUGACAAGUGACGUCUGCGGCGGUUGCGUCACUGCGCUCUCGGGCGUCACGCUGACAAUGAAUGCUCAAGUGACACUGACGGCAGGAACGCUCUUUCAGUUGGCGACUACUGCAUCGCCCCCGUGUCUCAUGAUUGUCAACGCGGCCCAAAUCUGGAACGCGGGAACCAACACCGGCACCAUGACCGUCCAGCCCAACCACGGAUGCGCAGGCUUUUCCGCGUCCUCAAUCUUUAUGACGCUCGUCAACGGUGCCGGCGGCGGCUACACGGUGGUGCCGACGUCGUCGCUCAGCAACCCGUUCACCUCGCUGAUCUCGAUCGUUCCCAAUACGGCGUAUACACUGCGCAUGCGAUCGUGGAGCGUCUUUGGCAUUGGGACUCCAGCGGCGGCGACGCCAACGUGCGACCCGACUCUGAUCUCAUGCACGGCAAGCCCAGGGGGCAAUGCUAUCGUGAGCCGACAACUGCCUGCGCAGCCGACUCUGGUCUUGCCGAUGCAACUCGUCUCGGGAGUCGGCAACGGCAAUGGGUUCUCGUCAACAUCGUUGGUGGUCGCCGUGCGUGACAGUGCGUACUGGCACGGCCCGGAAGCCAUCUCAAGCUUCAUGGUGGAGUGGGACUUGACAUCGACGUUCUCGUCCCCCGCUGCGAGCAGCUUGACGGUGACACCAUCCGGCCCAACGUCGCUGUCGAGCUCAACGGCCACUUGUCCCACGUGUGCGACCUCGCUGCAAACCAACGUGCUCGCUCUUUCUAGUGGUUUUGCCAGUCAAGUCGCCGUCGGAGCGCGGCUCGUGAUCGGAGCUGGCAGUCUCAACUGCCAAGUGCAAGUCGUCUCGGUCGCCGCGCCCGUCGUGACCGUUGCGCCCGGCUAUAGUUGCGCCGACUUUACUAGUCAAACGUAUGCGCUGGCCGAAAACGACUGGUACACGGCAACGAUCAGCUCGCUAACGAUGGGCAGCACGUAUUACUUGCGUGCAACGGCCUUUAACUCGCUCGGAAAAGGCGUCCCCAGCGCCUUUGCAACCGUCGCCCCAAUUGCAACGAGUGAUCCACCAAGCAACAUUCAGCUGCUGCCGCAACCUUCAUCGGCAACUCCUGCGAGCCUUGUGAGCUCACUUGUUGUUUCAUGGAUGCCACCGUCCACGACGCUUGCGACCGACGUCUAUGGUAUCGGAGGUAGUACCGUGACGCAGUACCUGGUCGAGUGGAGCACGGCGCCGUGGACAGGCUACACCCAGCACGUCCAGACGAUAGCGACGGUGUCGUCGAGUGGUCAACUCUCCGGAGGCUUUGCGCUCGCCCUCGACACGACGGCAUGUACGUUGUGUCACGUCAAGGCGGCGGCCGUGUCAUCUAUGAUUCCCUUCAAUGCCGACGUCCCGACGCUAACACGACUGCUACAAAACAUGCCCAACAUCGGAGGCGUGCAAGUCGCCGUGUCGGCGCCCACGGCCAAUAACGAGCGGGCAUGGACCAUCACGUUUUUGUCAGACGUCGGACCGAUUCCCGCGCUGACAGUGACAAAUGCGCUCACGGCUGUCGGGGGCGUGGCGUCGAUCACCGUGACCCAAACGACGGUCGGUGCCAUCGUUGCAGGGGCAUACUGCAACACCAACGUGUGUGACAUCGUGACAGUCACGCCGACGACGACGUAUCCCAUCACGCACAUGAUUCAAGGACUCACGGCCGGGGUUGUCUAUCAUGCCCGCGUCUCGGCAUACACGGCGCUGGGCUAUGGUUUGGUGCGAGCGACCGCGCCGGCAUCGCUCAUGGUGCCAUAUGCGCUACCGGGUCGACCGACGUCGCUCUACAAUACAUUGGCGGCGCCGGCGCUGUAUAUGACGGGACCGACGUCGCUCCAAGUCUCGUACUUGCCACCGGCGUUUUCCGGGGGCGCUCCGAUCAUCAGUUGCACCAUCGAGUGGGAUCCCGCCGCGUCGUUCAAUAGCGGCGCAUCGGGGGCUCCAUUGGGCGCCACUACGAUAGCCGGAACCAACGCGGCUGGUAAUCAAAUGGCUAUCACGGGGCUCACCAUGGGCACAACGUAUUACGUACGCAUGUACUGCGCCAACAACCAGCUCGGCGCCGGUGAACCCGUGGCGACGUUACCAGCAACAACGACACCCCACCAGAAGCCACUUGCAGUGCCGAAUAUUGUGCUGAGUGCUGGUGCCGAUACGACCGGCACGUCGCUUUUGGUGACAUGGACGCCACCAACGUCCUCGGGUGCAGGCCUAUCCGGCUACUUGGUCGAGUGGUUUACCAAAGCUGUCGCCGCACCGUGGUUUGGUGUCCAGACGGUGCAAGUACUGACGUCGACGGGCACCAUCUCUGGUGGCAUCUUUACGGUGGGGUUCGGGCCCGUCUCAGUGGCGCUUCCCGGCGUCGUCAGUGUCGUGCAAGGACAAUCGUUUGUCACUACGUCGGUGGAUCUAACGAGCUACCUCUACCGUGGUGACCUUGUCGCGAUCAACAACGUCGUGUACCUUGUGGCAGCGACUGGGACGCUCUCCAGUACGCAGAUCCCAUUGGCCGAUGCGACCAACUACCUCAACCAAGGUCCUGCAACGACCGCCAACCUUCCGACGCCGUACGCAGGCACGACAGUGCAAAAUGCUGUCAUGUACACGCAGGCUCGAACGCAGCCUGUGACAUACGACGUGUCGGCAACGUCGCUCCAAGUCGCACUGCAGAAUUUGCCAAGUGUUGGCAUGCUCUCGGUUGCGCGCACGGGUACGCUCGGUGCAUACGUGUGGACCGUCUCGUUCUUAAGUCAGCUCGGACCUCUCUCGGCUCCAAACGUCUUGCGCGUCAACACCAUCGGUCUCACGGGAACCUUGCCCAACAUUGUCGUGUCGUACAACCCGCAGGGCGUGCGUCCGUCGAACUACAUGUCGACGACCGUACCCGCGUCACAGACGUCGGCAGUGCUCCCAAACCUCACGCCCGGCGUCGCCUACUAUGUGCGCGUCAUGGCCGCCAACGACCUCGGCUACGGCAUGUAUGGCGCCGCCACACAACCGUACACGCCGAUUGGUGUCCCGAGUGCCCUCAACCGCGUUAGCAUGCGGUCGCGCAGUGCCACGUCAGUCCAAGUGCAGUUUGAUCAGGUCGAACGAUCCGGUGGCGCGGUGGUCGAUGGCUAUGUUGUACAGUAUGCCUACGACGUCGGCUUUUCGACGCAGGUGACGCUGCCAACGGUGGCGCCAUCGGCCAAGUACAUGCGCAUCACCACGUCGGCGGGCAUUGGCCCCGUGACUUCAACGUUUGCGCUCUCGAUGGCCGACUACUAUGGGGUGUUCUCGGUUGAAGUGGGCAGCUACUUCAACCUAGCGGUCGGCACUUCGUUCAUCACUCAAAUUCCGACCGACCCAACGCAGGGGCUCGUCCCUGUCGACCUGACGCGGCUUUUGGGUCGCGGCGAGUUUGUUCAAAUUGCGGGGCUGACCUUCCGCGUGUGCUUGGACCCGACGAUUGCACUCGUGUAUCCUAGUGCGACUGUCUCGUCGUUUGACUUUACGGCGAGUACCGUGACAAUGUCGGCAAGUCUCACGGGCAACGCGCUGCUUGCCAUUGGGACGAAGCUGCAAGUGUCGUCGUGUGCCAUGACGAUCUUGACGUUCCCGACGCCGACGAUGUUUACCGUCGCGCACAACUGCUACGCCAACUUUGGGCCAGCCGCCGGUUUGCCACUCCAGAUCCUCUGGGGACCCAACACGGUUCCGAUUUGCUCGGCGACCAAUCCGUGGGCGGUUGCCGUCUUUGCCGGCCCGUCGAUCGUGGAAGCACCGUUGUUCAUCCUCGAUACGGCGCUCGGGUCCUUUACCAACUUGAUUGUGGGGCAGGCGGCGGGCAACACACUCAACGGCGUCUGGGACGACGUGGCGGGGACGCAAAAUGCACUCUCGCGUCUCGGGUGCCAAGACUACUUCCGCAUCGGCGACCCCUUUAACGGGCAGAUCGCACGCGUUUACACGCCAUGCAGUGCGGGCAACUGCGCUUGUACUGGCUUGACGGCUGCGGCGCUGCCCAUGGGCGAUAGCGUCAAUCCGGCAACGGCGUCCAGUCUCACCGCCGACACGCUUGCGUAUGCGACGCAAGACAUCCAAACGAUCACCAUCUCAGCCACGACAGGAGACUUUACGCCUGGCAGUGGCGGCUUUCGACUCCAACUCGGCGCCGCAGUGACGGCGACGACAAUUGCUGGUGGCAAUGGAGAUGCCAACAUCAACAUGGACGUCGGGUGUCUUCUCUGGGCGUCGGGCACGUCGGCGGCGGCGGGUGUCACCGAUAGCCUCGCACUCGCAGCGGAGCUCCAAACGAUGCCCAACGUCGACCAAGUGAGCGUCUCGCGUGUGCUGUACCUGAACCCGACGGUGGUCGUGUACACGGUGACGUUCACGGGCACCGCUGUUCGAGGCGAAAUGCCACUGCUUCAAGUGCUGCACGUCGGCACCAACGGCUGCGGAGCAUUUGUUGGGGCGACACCCAACGUGCCCGUCACGCGCAAGCUCCAGCGACCGCACGUCAACUUGUACCGUCUCCAGACGACGGCUGCUAUCCCCGUGUCGGCGUCCGCGACGGAUGUGAAAGUUGCGAUCGAAGCGCUUUCCCUCGCGUGCAAGGUCGACGUGACGCGCGAAAUUGCGCAGAACGGCUACGACUGGCUCGUCACAUUUACUCGUGACACGCCGUCGUCGCUCUUUGCCAUUGUCGCCAACGCCGUGAACCUCCGAGCGGUCUUGGACCCGGUCGUUGUCGUGACGCCUGUCGCACGCGUGACAUUCCCCGUCCUCAACAACGGCCUCGGUGUCUUCGCCCGCGUCGCUGCCCACAACGUGGCGGGCAGCGGUGUCUUUUCGAUCCCGACGCCGUCGAUGCUCCAGCCGGCCAACUCGGUGCCGGGGUUGGUGCAAAACCUGCGUAUCGACGUUGUUUCGGACACGGAGAUCCUCGCGCAGUGGAGUGAUCCGGUCCAUUCCGGUGGUGUCAACGUCUCCGAGUUCAACGUCGAAUGGUUCACGCCCAGUGGCGCCAAGGUCAACCAGGUUGUGAAGUACGCCGACACAGUCGGUCAAUACGACGUGCAAGUCGUGUCCGUCUCGGCGCCGUCUCUCGGUGCCUACACUUACCUCGGCGGCACAUUUCACUUGGCGUUCGACGGCCAAAUCACGCCCGAGCUACCGUUUGACGUUGCCGCAGCGGACCUCCGAACCGCGUUGAAAGCUCUUUGCACCAUCGACGCUGUCGACGUCACGCGUGUGCUUGGCCCCAAUGGGUUUUCGUGGAUGAUCACGUUCUACCAGACCAUGUACCCGGGCAACCAAGCAACACAACAGAUGUCGCUGCUGCAAACACAGCUUGGCUCGCGACUCGAAGUCGCUGCGUCCAACUUGCUCAUUUGCGCCGACCUGGCGCGUGCCAACUGCAUCCAGUCGGUCAUCAACGGGGCACAGAGCGUCUCGGCAACCGCCUCGAUUGGGUCCCAGCAAGAAGUCCAGUCGCUCAAGUGCUUGGGCAACGCGGGUUCGUUCGUCUUGACCUACAUGGGCACGUCGUCGACCACGAUCUCAGCAACGGCGACGGUCGGCGACGUGCAAGCGGCCCUCAUUGGCAUGGCCUUUGGCAGCGUCUCCGUGAUAUUCCCCAAUGGGCAGGCGACCAUUUGUGCGGGUGCGUCGCCGGGUCCGGUGCUCUUUCAAUUCCACUCGUCGCUCGGGGACAUACCGAUGCUUGCAACGACGGCCGUCACGGGUGGGCUCACCAUCAUUUUUGCCGAAAUUACCAAAGGUUUGCCCCAGCACCGCAUUGGUCUCGCAUCCCAUUGGAUGUGGAUCUCGGGUCUCUCGUCCGCCACAUCCUACACAGUGCGCGUUGCCGCGUACAACAGCGUCGGGUACGGUGCGUUUGCUACGGCGCUUGCGGCCGUGACACCGUCGGCACGGGCGCCGUCGAGCCCGCCGACCGUAGCGAUCGCUCGCCAAACCGCCACGUCAUUUGCCAUCUACUGGGACGAGCCCACCAGCUAUGGCGGGAGCGCCGUCUCCAACUACAUUGUCGAGUGGGACCACACGCCGACGUUCCGAAGUACGUGUGGCGACAACGCCGAGGUGCAGUACCUCACGCUGACCGCGACACCGCCGCUGGUGCUCACCCAGCAGCUCCAACUUGCGAUUGGCAGCACGGUCGUCGGGUGCAUCAACUGGAACAUAGCCGCGGCCGACCUUCAGACGCAAAUCAACGCGCUGCCGGGCUUCGACAGCGUCACGGUGGCGCUGCACGGCGACAACUCGGCGGCGUGGAACUUCGGCCACAUGUACGAGUUUACGUUUUACUCAGCGCUCACGGCCACGCCGCUUGGGGACGUACCGACGAUUGUGGCGCAGCUCAGCGCUGGCUGCAACUCGUUCACGGGCGCGAUCGCUGUCUCGCAAAAGCUCUUCGGCCCUGGCUUGGACCCGAUCCAAGGCGUCGGCCGCGCGACACCGACACUGAAUGCAUGCGAUGCGCUGUACUUGCGGCCGCAGGGCCAGCUCACAACCACCGACGCCAGCGCCAAAGCCGCCGCGCUGGCACUCAAUUUGCCCCCCGGCACGACCCGCAAGCCGUUCUGCCUCACUUGUGCGCAAACGCUCAGUGGCGUGACGCUCGGUGUGACGGCCGAUCUGCGCGCAACCUUGGCCGUCAAUGACGUCUUUAGCAUCGGCAGCUACAGCUGCGUCUACUCGGUGGCAAGUGUGACGGCGUCGACAGUGACGGUGACCGUCGCGCUGGCCUGUCCGGCCUUCACCGGGCAGGCGCUACCCAUCUACCGCUACAGCGUUCGAGCCUACACGGUGAGUGACGUCGAGGCAGGCACGCCCUUCUACGCGCGCGUCACGGCCGUCAACGCGUUGGGGUACAGUCCACCCAACUAUAGCUACUGA